CGCCCGGGCGCAGUGUCCUCCGUGCCGCGCCGCGCUUCGCACUCCCGCGCUCGGGCUCCCAGGCGUCCGCCCCCUCGCAGCGGCGCCCGUCGGGUCGCCACCUCCCUGCAGCUUGGGCCGGUCCGGCUGUCCCUAGCGAGGAGGGGAGGAAGGACGCGGAGGGGGAGCUGCGGGACCCCUGGACUUUGCUCAGCUCAUGCUCGUCUCCAGUUUCCGGCGGCGCAGCCUGUGGUCCUGCGGAGUGCCCCGUGGCUUGCGUUCCCGGGUGAGCCUGCGGCUGGUCUUCUCCCGUCUUUGCCGACUACUUCCAAGUCUCUGCGGCUCCAGGGCUUUGCGGCUGAGGAUAGGAGAGGCCAGUGUGGAGCCCUUGGGAGGUUGGGACUGACUCAUCUGCAGUCCCCGGCUCUGCAGUGGUGACACUCGGAAACUUUGCACUGUGUUUCCGUCGAAGCUGGACGGCUGUGCGGCAAGCCCAGUCCCUGGCCAGGACCGCGCACUGGGGGCCAUGGAGUUCACCGCGUCUCCCAAGCCCCAGCUGUCCUCCCGGGCCAACGCCUUCUCCAUCGCGGCGCUCAUGUCGAGCGGCGGCUGCAAGGAGAAGGAGGCCACGGAGAACACCAUCAAACCCCUGGAACAAUUUGUUGAGAAGUCAUCCUGCGCUCAGCCCCUGGGCGAGCUGACCAGCCUGGAUACUCACGGGGAAUUUGGUGGUGGGGGCAGCAGUCCAUCUUCCUCCUCUCUGUGCACGGAGCCGCUGAUCCCCACCACCCCUGUUAUCCCCAGUGAGGAAAUGGCUAAAAUCGCCUGCAGCCUGGAGACCAAGGAGCUCUGGGACAAAUUCCACGAGCUGGGCACGGAGAUGAUCAUCACCAAGUCGGGCAGGAGGAUGUUUCCUACCAUCCGGGUGUCCUUUUCCGGCGUGGAUCCUGAGGCCAAGUACAUAGUCCUGAUGGACAUUGUCCCCGUGGACAACAAGAGGUACCGCUACGCCUACCACCGGUCUUCCUGGCUGGUGGCUGGGAAGGCAGACCCACCACUGCCAGCCAGGCUGUAUGUACACCCAGACUCUCCUUUUACUGGUGAGCAGCUACUCAAACAGAUGGUGUCUUUUGAAAAGGUGAAACUCACCAACAAUGAACUGGAUCAACAUGGCCAUAUAAUUUUGAACUCAAUGCAUAAGUACCAGCCCCGGGUGCACAUCAUUAAAAAGAAAGACCACACAGCCUCCUUGCUCAACCUCAAGUCUGAAGAAUUCAGAACAUUCAUCUUUCCAGAGACAGUUUUUACAGCAGUCACUGCCUAUCAGAAUCAACUGAUAACCAAGCUGAAAAUAGAUAGCAACCCUUUUGCCAAAGGAUUCCGGGACUCCUCCAGGCUCACUGACAUUGAGAGGGAAAGUGUGGAGAGUCUGAUUCAGAAGCACUCCUAUGCCCGUUCACCCAUCCGUACCUAUGGAGGAGAAGAGGAUGUGCUGGGGGAUGAGGUUCAGACAACGCAGAAUCGAGGGUCGGCCUUUACAACCUCUGAUAAUUUGUCUCUCAGUUCCUGGGUCUCAUCGACCUCGAGCUUCCCUGGAUUCCAGCACCCACCGUCCCUGACUGCUCUUGGCACCGGCACAGCAUCCAUAGCAACACCCAUUCCUCACCCCAUACAGGGGUCUCUGCCACCAUAUAGCCGCCUUGGGAUGCCUCUGACCCCGUCGGCCAUUGCCAGCUCCAUGCAGGGGAGCGGCCCGACAUUCCCCUCCUUCCACAUGCCCCGAUACCAUCACUACUUUCAGCAGGGGCCCUAUGCUGCUAUCCAAGGACUGCGCCAUUCCUCGGCUGUGAUGACACCAUUUGUAUGACUCUUCUAAAAAUAGAGAAUCCAGAUCCAGAAUGUGCUAAUGGAAAUUGAAAUACAGGACAGGGGUGGGGGUGGGAGGGGACUGUUGGAGCAGAGGCUCUCCAGGAUACAUGGGACCUAUUAAAGAGGAGAGCUGGACUCACAAUAAAACCUGCAGGUGGGGGAAUGCACCAUGGACCAGGCUUCAUCCCCAGGUAGGGGACAGCUCUUGGGUUCAAGAGAGAAUCAGUGCAAAGCUCUUAGCCAGCCUAAGUCCUGCAACUAGUAGGAUAUCUAUUUACCUAGAAAGUUUAAUAAUACAAAGCAGAUGAAUCUUCAGGUGCAUUAUUCCUAGUGGUUGAAAAUGCUGUGUUGAUGCAGUAAUGUAUAAAAUCAAAAUGUAUAGGUUUUUUUUUUGCUUUCCACUGGUUAAAAGAUUCUUCAGAGACAAUACUAUAUCACAUACCAACGAUUAUGCAUAAUGACUAACCUAAGUCCAUCUUUCCCUGUAGAAAAUGAGAUCAAAUAGAGAAAUGUUUGUAGUGCUGUUGCUUAAGCAUAUUUAGUUUUCCUUUGUGUUACUUUGUUGGGGAAGGAGCUGAGAUAAUGCUAAUGCAUCCUAUUUUGUGGAUGAAAAGGUGGCAUGACUUCACAAAGUUCUUUUUGUAAUACUGAAGGGCCAGUACCUGACAAGCUCUUUUUCACAGUCUUGUCUUCUUUCUUCCUAAUUCUCCUUUUUGCAAUUAUUUGCCAUUCAUGUAGGAAAAAUCUUCUGUAUACAAUCUUGAAGCAGGAGGCUCUAUGUAAAACUGAGGUUUUAUUUGUCUGGGAUGCAUUUUAAGUACACUUCUGACUUAUUCACUGAGGAAUACUCUAAAGCUUCUACAUAAUGAUACGUGAGGCUUUCGUUUACUUAGAGCUGCAAUAAAAAGCCGGUUGCCCUAUUCUGAAAGGAAUUUGUCUGCCAUGGGUGCUAAAGUCCCCUACAUUUUUACUUUAGCUGUGGGAGACCUUAUGGAUGUUAAAUGUACCAGGUCAUAUCCUCAGUUUUUGGUAAAUCUGGAUUUGUGAGUGACCAUUCUAGAUGCCCAUAUAGCUACCAUUUAUCCUAUGCUCAGGAGGAGCCAUGUGUCCAUAUAUCUGAUUUGUCAUUUCUUCUUACUGUACUACGUUUAGUGACUCCUUUACCAUUUUUCUAGUGCAUUUUAUGAAACUGCAUGUUAACUCAAUGACUCCCUGACUGAAGCAUCAGCAGUGCUUAUUAGUAAAUCUAAAGCAUGUAUCCAUUUUAUUUUCAGCUCUUGCUUUCUUCUUAAGCCUUCCUUUAAUGUUUAAUUAUAUUUUAGUUACAUAUAAUCUCAGUGCUACUUUGGUGCAACAUAAAUCUAAGCAUUUAUAGUCAGGGUAGUACAUCUGCCAUAUUGCAACAGUUCGUUUCCUUAAAUAAAUAAAGCUCAUCAACUUUAGAUAUAAUACAUUCCAGCUACAGGAUAUAUACCCUGUCUUCUUCACAAAGUUCCCCAAGACUCUAUUUUCAUAUAAUUUAAAUGUUGUAAGUAAUAUUCAUUCUACUCUGUUCUGACUGCAGAAAUAUUGAAUUAUUUCAAAGACAUGGGAAAUAUUGCUGUUGAGAGUAGAGGUGUAUUGGGGAGUAAAUGCAAUAUACUUAUUACAUUGGAUUUCAGUGGGAUUUUAUUUGGUUGUUUUAAUGUUAGGCUUUUCCAUAUCAGAUGCCUUUUGUAGGCAUUUCCAGCCUAUGAAACAAGGCAUAAUGGCAUAGCCUGUUCUACAUGACACCAUUGCGUGGCUGUGCCAUUGCCUUUCUCCUACAGUUUACUAAGGAGAGCUGUUACUACGGGUGGUGUUAACCAAGCAUCUCAAAGUCCUGUGGCAGACACGGUAGGCUAAUUUCUAACUAUUUGCACGUAUUCAUGGGUAGUUUGUUUUCAAACACAGCACAGAUGUGCAUUUCUUUAAAAAAGCAGUUAUGAGUAAUGCUUAAAUACCUGUAGAGCUUAGGAUAGGGGUUUGAUAUUAGUUGGCCUGUUCCAAGUGCUCCUUUUAAUAAGAGAGUGCUGCUGUUCAAAGCAGGAAUGAUAAAAGUUGAUGCUAUUUUACACGAUACCACUGACUACCCUGGUAAAUUCACUGGUCUGAAAUGAAUCCAUAUCUGAAUUUUCUUUUCAAUAAGAAUGAAAGGAUCACUUUAAUAGUAUUUUGCAUUUUCCCUAAUUGGUUUGUGUGUAUUGUUAAGUAUGGUUUUAUACCAGUAUUCCCUGAACUUAUAACUUUGUUUUGUAAUUAAGCAGUUUAAGACUAAAAAUAAAUAGAGUGCUUAGAGAAAAGCAAAGGAUAAGAUAUAAAAGUAUGCUCUUGGAAAAUCACACCCAAAAUUCUAAAUCGGAUAUCCUUUUUAAGUAUUUGGUAUUGUUUGAAACAGAAACCAAAAGCACAAGUGAGGAGUUCAACCGGAUCAGAGUCAUUCUAGUCAUGUGAACUAGGGUAGAAAUUUACCCUACUUGGAUCAUUCUGAGAUACUCUGGUGUGGAUUUUUAACUCCUUAAGUAUUUAAAAGUCCAAACUAUAUCCUACUAAAAGUAAUUGCAAGAACUAGAUAAUUAGGUGGAAAGCCAAUUGAAUAAUUAAAAGCAUGAGUUAUAUUAUAAAAUCAGGGUUUCCUCCCAGGUACAUUAUAGUAUCAAAAAGCAUGGCUAACAUAAAGUAUGCUAAAGAGAGUCCCUGUCAAACUGCUUUAUCUAACCUGAAGGGAUUAAUGCAUAACUUAGCAGGUUCUGCCUAGUGAUUUGUUUUUAAAACACCAAUAAUUCUGAGUAAGCUCAAUUGUUUCUUUUGCUUACUAGCAAAUCUUUCUCCCUUCUCUGUCCACCUUUAACAAUAGAAAGGUAAAUGUAUCUAUCUCAUGUCUAACAAAUCAACGAAUUAUUGGGUAACAAGGUCUACAUUAAUGAAUUUAUACUGCAUUGCUGGUCCUUUUGAGUUUAUAACAAUGGUGUGUUGUCUGGAAGGCCUACCACCAUUUCUAGUAGGUGGACACAGAGUAGAUGUUAAGAAGUUUCCUGAUGAUGAUUAAUUAUUUAGCAAAAAUCCUGUGCAGGGCUGUGUAGGAGUUACACUGACUUCCAGGAUAUUCCAAGAAGAUCUCCCCUGACUCACCAGUAGCCAUGUUUCUGUCAUUGUACUUCUCCAACCACAACAGCCAUCUUCCCUACAAAAAAAAAAAAAGAGAGAGAAAGGAAAAGGAAACCCUCUAAAAGCCCAAGAAAAAGGUAUUCUUAGAAGAAAAGAUCCCUACUCCCAUAAUGCUUGCCUGAGAGAUGUUAGGAUAUAACCCAUUUAUAAAUUUCCUAUUAACUUUUUAGGCUAUCCUGCUUAUAUUUAGCUGAAUUAUUUUGAGAAAAAUGAGCUUCAAGUAAAAUGGAUAGAGUGACUUUACCACCCCAUUAAAUAUGCAGUCAAGCUUAGCUAAGACUUAGCAACUAAAGUUCAAAAAAUUCAGUACAUAAUGUUCAGGGUCACAUAUUGCAAGACAAAUAUUUUUUGCUCAGUCUUCCAUUGACUAAGGAAGCUGUUUCUAUUAUUAAAUGUGUAUGGAAUUGAUAAUUAUUAAAAACAAAACAAUAUUGUACCCCAAAGGUAGACUGGACAUUAAUCAUAAAGCACUGAACAGAAAAGAUUUUCAGCUGGCUCCUUUGGAGGACUGGGCUUGGGUGGGGGAUAGAUUUUAUAUGUUUUUAUAUUAUUGCAAACUGCAUGAAUUCUAUGUAAACAAGCAAAGGGAAAGUUACAAACUCUUAAUCCUUUAGAAAACCAUAAACCCUUUUCUUAACUAUAUUCCAUACCUAUUAUAAAAUCCUCCAGUACUUAUCUUUCUUCAGCAUGCUUAAACAGGCAAAGGUUUAUUUAUAAAUAUUUGAUAGGCAAAUAAUUCAGAAGCAUUUUCUGGCCCUUCUUUCUCUGUCUCACUUUCAAUUCCAAUCCCCUCCCCUGAUUAUAAGAAAAUAAAAAUAUUUUGGUGAAAUAAUACAUCUGGACAAAAAAUACAACUUCUGUAUUUUACUUCUGGUACCUUAAAAUCCUGUAUUUAGUUGUUGUUUUUUUCCCUUAUUUUAGAAACCGAAAAGAAAAUCUUUUAUUCCCUAAAGGAUAAAAUUGGAUAUAGCCUCUUUAGUAGACCCUAUCACAGUUCUGUUGUUUGCUGUGUUCAUUUGCUUAAUGAAUUGUGUGAGAACAGUCACUGUAAUGAAGUGUGUGUGUUGGGGGUGGGGGAAGGACAUGGGAAAUGUUUUAUGAAAAAAGUUAUAAGCCUAAUACUAUGAAGUAACAUCUAAUGACGUUUUUUUUAAGUGCAAUAUAUUUAUUUCUGCUAGAAAUGUAUUAUCAACAUUAUGUAAUAUUUGAAGCAUUACAUUUAUUUGUAAACAGCUUAAAAUUAUAUAUUACUCAAAAUUGUACAGAA